AUGUCUGGCGAAGCGUGGCUUUAUCUUCUGGCGGUGUUGCUCAACGCCGUCAACCUGUUUCUGCAGGUUUUCUUCACGAUCAUGUACAGUGAUCUAGAAUGUGACUACAUCAACCCCAUCGACCUCUGCAACCGCCUGAACGCCUACAUUGUCCCGGAAGCCGCCGUUCACGCCUUUUUGACCUUCCUCUUCGUCAUCAAUGGCUACUGGCUGGCUAUCAUCCUUAACCUGCCACUCUUGGCUUUCAACGGAAAGAAGAUCUUCGACAACCAGCAUCUCUUGGAUGCAACCGAGAUCUUCCGAAAGCUUAACGUGCACAAGAAGAUCGAAGCUGACGCAUAUCUGCAGGAGUCGUUCAUCAAGCUGGGUUUCCACCUCUUGAUGUUCUUCUUCUAUCUCUACAGCAUGAUCGUCGCCCUAAUCCGCGACGAGACCCACUGA